AGUUCUGUACGUUGUGCAAAGUAAAAAUGUAUAGUGGAAGUGACAUUUUAUGUGAUUAGAGUGUUUUUGUGGUUUUAGAGUAUUUUGCGGUGCCAAUAAUUAUAAAAAAAAGAUUAGAUUUAGCAGUAUGGAAGAACUGGACAUCAACAAUCUUUGUGAUUUCUUGAAGAACAACGGUUUUAGUGAGCACACUUUAAAUAAAAUCAAAGAUAAUUUGAAGGCUUUACUGGUUUUGCUUGAGAUGCUGCCCACGACAAAUUUCACAAAAAAGGGAAUCAAAAGGGCCCGAGUUGAGGAAACUAUUUUGAAUGGAACAUCAGGUUUUGAGAUUCCCAAAAAAGAUCUUAUACGAUUUGUUAAGAGCGAAAUAAACGUCGAGGAGUUCAUUGAACAAGUUUCAAAAACAACUCAAGGCAGGAUCCAGCCUUACAUCUUAUGUCUUCAAUCGGAAGCUGGAGACAAAUUUUUUUUUAAUUGCCGACAGCAACAAAAUUGAAACAGCCGACAACGGAUCUCUACUAGCAGCGUUUGACAUACUUUUUAAAAUGCAUUAUGUCAUGGAUGUUUGUUAAGCGAAUUCACUGAAUUUUUUUUAUAAUUUCAUAGAAGCAUAUUUGUAUAAAGUUCCUAAGACAAACGCAGAAAAUUCAGUAACGACUUUAAAUAAUUUACGUUCUAAUAUCGAAUAAAUUAUAAACUUUAAUAUUUUAACUUACUAUAUCA